UAGAAAAUCCGUGAAUGAAACGGCUGUUGACCUUUCCACUGUCAUUUAUACGGAAAUUGGUUAAUUUUGUGAAUUAAUACUUCAAGAAACCAUGGUAUUUAGAUUUUUAGGCCAUUCUGUGAUUUCAAAUGUGAUAACAAUUUGCUAACAGCAGUUCUGUGAUCCGAAAACCAAUAGUUACUCAUCGAAGUUCAACUGCGCCUUGUAAGGGCGUUUUACAAUUUUUGCUACAAAGUUAUUAUAAAAUGGAUCAGAGUGAAGAGUACCACGAUCCUGAUUACGCGGGUACCUCUGAAAGUGUUAAAGAAGAUACUCCAACACUGUCGGAAGACGAAAGAAUCGAAAAAAUCAAAAAGAUAAUACGCCGGGAGUUUUCGAAUGAACUGGAGGUGCGGGAAAAUGAAGUAAUGACGAUAGAUCAGCGCAUGACUACCUCCCGCCGCCUGCUGCACCGCCUCCGCUACACGCUGGUGAACACGUACUACCGCGAGCAGAAACUUCAGCUCAGCACGGAGCAACUGCGGGACGAGCUCGCUGCCAGCAAGGAUGAAGACCGCACUCGGCAAGAGAUGUCGUCGGUGCUGCGGUCGAGCCAGCGCCGGCUGCACCCGUCGCUGCGCAAGCUGCUGGGCGCGGCCGGCCUCGCCGAGGUGUUCAGCGCCGGGCCGCGCGCGCGCGCCCGCCCCGACUACUCGGCGAUGCUGGGCACCCGCAACUACACCAUCGCCGCGGACUCCACCAAGUCGCUGCGGCCCGCCGGCGAGCCGGGCGCGGCGGGGGCGGGGGCGGGGCCGGCCGGGGCGGGGGCGGGGGCGGCGGGGACGGCCGGGGCGGGGGAGGCGGCGGGCCCGUCGGGCGGCGCGCGGCGGGCGCCCCGGCGCCUGGAGCCGCGCCUGGACAACGUGCUGACGCUGGCCGAGCAGACGAGGAACAAGGUCAAGCAUCGCUAUAGGAUCGUUAUUGGAAAUACAUCGAAAUACGUGCCACCCGCGUCCCGAGCGGACCGCUCCACUCACAAAUGGCUGCUGUACGUGCGCCACUACCCCAACCCCGCCGGAUCGGAUCCCGCCGGAUCGGACCCCACCGGAUCGGGUUCAACGGAGCCGUGCGCGGGCGGCGUCAUCAGCGCGGUGACGGCGCGGCUUCACCACUCGUACGCGCCGCACCACAACGUCACGUUGCACAAGCCGCCGUUCCACAUCUCGCGGCGCGGCUGGGGCGAGUUCACGGCGCGGCUGCAGCUGCAGUUCCCGCUGCCCGCGCUCAACCCGCCCGCGCACGUCCACCACACCAUACGGCUGGACAGGAACUACACCGGCCUGCAGACGCUCGGCGCCGAAACGAUAGUGGACGUCUGGCUAUACAGCACUCCGGAGAUGCUGAAAUACGCUUUCGUAGACACGGACACACAGCCGGACACACAAGCGGACAAGCCGGCAGACACACAGACAGACAAGCAGACAGACAUAGUUCUAGACUUGCAGCCGGUGAAACAGGAGCCGGAGGACAGCUGGAUGGACUUCCUCACUCGGGACACGGCGAUGGAUGUGGACGAGAUGAUCAUUAAACCGGUGAAGAGAGAGCCUGAGGUUGGGGUUGAGGGAGAACCGCAAAUAAAAGAAGAGCCGAUGGAGUUCGAGGAGAACCUCUUGCGGUCUCCCUCGCGCGCGCGCUCUGUCUCGCUCUCGCACGCGCGCACGCGCAUCAUGAAGUACCUGGACCCCGACACCGGAAAGAUAUACUACCUCGAGAUGGACAGGAACCUGGACCUCAGCACGGUGCAGGAGAUCCUCAUCAACAACGCUACCACCAGCCCCGUGAAGAACGGAACAGUCAAAAAGAAAAAAGUGUCACUGCUGAAGCCCGAAGUGAAGAGUUCUUUGAAAACGGACCAAAUCAACGCGUGCUUCAGACAUAUAGCUAACGAUCAUUGCUAUUUAGGGUCGGGUUGGAGUCAAAAACAGUGUAGUGACGACACGGUGUCAGUGUUAAAAGAAUCUAAGUUAACGUAUCUCCGGUCAUGUCUGUGUAGACUGAGUGAUGUGCGCACCUCUGUAUAUUUCCUGCUCCGGAACAUUCCACUAGUGGACUCGAGGGCCGCGGACCCGGAGUACAGGAGUGAGUUUCCGUUUGUAGUGGAGAGUGAUGAGAAGUAUUGGAAGUUGGAUUUCGCUAAAAGAAGAAAUAUUGAGUGGUCGCGCGCCAAGCUGAUCUCUCGGCUGCUGUCGGAGCAGCCUCGGUCCUCAGCGACGCCGGCCUGGAGAACCAAGCAGGUGCUGGUGUUCGCGCGCUGCCACGGCUUCCAGCACGCGCGCCCGCAGCCGCCCGCCGACAUCCGGGCCGAGCCCUGGGAGGGACAUAGCACGUCUACCAUUAAGGAACUGUAUCAAGCCAGUGACAUUAAUACGUUGAGUGUGUUCAACAGUGACAGUUAUAAAAGUGAAGUGACGGAAAUAGAUUUAGUGGAGUCUGAUGAGGAGGUGGACGUGGAAGUGGUGGGGAAUGCGCGGGGGAGGGGGAGGCCGCGGGGAGGGGAGGAGAGUGGGGAGGAGUUGGAGCCGCUGCCGCCCAGUGAGGAGGACCGGCUGAAGUUCCUGUUCGUGGAGCAAGUCUGUGCGGAUAUAGGCAUCGAGUUGAGGAACGAAGAUGUUGGCAAUGGGUAUUCUUAUAGCGCCGUGCACGCCGCGCUGCUGUCGGCGGCGCGCAGCCUCGCGGAGGAGCUGCUGCGCGCCGCGCUCGCCGCCGCCCGCCUGGCGCGCGCGCCGCCCGCCGGCCACGUCUGGGCCGGCUGGUCAUCGUCCGGCGCGGUCAUCAACCUCGAGCACGUGUACCAGGCGUGCGGCGGCCGAGUGGGGGGAGCGGGCAGUGGUGGGGGGAGUGGGGGGAGCGUGGCGGGGAGGCUGCAGAUGUUCAGCGCGCGCGCACUCGGAACGGAAAGAAAAAACACGUCCACUCUAUAA